GUGUCGCAAAGUGCUUUGCAGUGGCAAGGAAACUGAUAACGACUCUAUUCUGUUUUACCUUUCUCUAAAGGGACAAGAGGUCCCCUGGGUCGAAUCAGGACAAACCGUCUCAUAUAGCCUAAAUAAACGGUCUUAUUGCGCAUAUAAACUAAACUGUUUUCACUCAUUGUGACCGACACGCGAGGACAAAAUUAAGAAAAGUGACACAGUUGUAAUUACAUUGGCCUAUAGUUAAAAUAGGGUAUCAUAUCAAACGACAAAAAUUGUUGACGUUUCAGAUUACAUCCAAUGUGUUGACCAACCAUUAUUCUAUACUUAACAAUAAGAGGUACCCUAAAUCAAAUAGAUUUAUAAAAAUGCGUAUCUCCUUACACAUUUCCCCCCUGUCUCUCUAUAGCAUGAGGCACUGGGUUUAUUCGCUGAACCGGUCUCCUCUCCAUGUUCUCCGGUGUGAAGUCAAAGGCGUUUUGUGUUCCUUCUCAAAUCCGGCGGACGUUUCUUAUUGGUCAGGUGAGGACUUUGCAUCACUCCUGCUGAUGACGCAGCCCGUGUCUUCGCGCAUCCUUUAGCCUCCCGGCGUCUUUAAGUGAUUCUUGUUGCUCCGCGAGCCGCUUCAGCAUGAGACUAGCAGUCCGACCGUGGUGAGAGAAACAACCAACUAACAUUUCCCUGCUCUGAAGGAGAGUGGCGCAAAAGAGCUACAUCUCACUCUCUCUCUCUCUCUCUCUCUCUCUCUCUCUCUCUCUCUCUCUCUCUCUCUCUCUCUCUCUCUCUCUCUCUCUCUCUCUCUUUCUCUCUCACUCUCUUUGCUGUCCAGAGAAAUUACAAUAUUUAUCAUACCUGUGAACGACCGACUCUGUUUUCUGUAUAUGACUAUUUGCUAAGAAGCUCAAUUUUCACAUCUGACGUUACGGAGUGCACCUGUCUGUCAGGAUCCUUCGAUAUGUCACUUUAGCCCCUGGAGGACCAUGAGGAUGCCUGACCAUGAGGAUGCCUGACCAUGAGGAUAACUGACCAUGCUUCAUCCCUAAACAGACAGACCAAGCGGCGCCGGGUGGACAUCGGGGUGAAGAGGACUCUGGGAAGUGUAGUGUUUUCCAGAGCAAGAGAGAACCUCCGACUUAACGCCAUGAACCAAUCCCACGGCCCCAAGCAAGACGGAGACUGCUCAUUGGUUCCUCACAGCUAUGGCGGGUCCAAUGGGGACGGAGCGAAGUCGAAUGUUCUCCGGAAGCUUCUGAAACGGGCGAACUCGUAUGAAGAUGCCAUGAUGCCUUUCCCUGGCACCACCAUCAUCUCUCAGCUGCUGAAGAGUAACAUGGGGAAGAAUGGAGACAGAGAGGGAGGCUUCCAGGGUAGUGGAGGUCUCUCCAGCGCUGGGUCAGAUCUCCAAGCUGAGGACGUCUGCAGUAACUCCUCCAGAGACAGCCCCCUCUCUCCCUCCCCCUCCUCCCCCUGCCUCCUCCCAUUUGUCCGCCCCCCCCUUCCUCCUCAUCCCCCGCUCACCCCUCUGGACCUGGAGCGCCUCACGGACGAGCACCUGCGUGCCAAACGGGCCAGGGUGGAGAACAUCAUUCGGGGCAUGAGCCAUUCCCCCUGCGUUGCUCCGCCUGCCCUCCGGCAUGGAGAAAGGGACAGAGAAGGAGACCGAGAGACAGGGAACGAGAGGGUGAGAAGAGAGAACAGGGAACGGGACUGUCCCCCACUGCAGUCUCCCAGCCCUGGGUCUAUAUCUAGAAGGGAGGAGUACAAGGAGAGCCUGGGGGAGGCUAGAGGAGAGGUGUAUAGGGAGAGUCAGGGGGGGACUAGAGGAGAGGUGUACAGGGAGAACAAGAGAAAGCAGCGUCUCCCCCAGCAGCAACAACAGUCCUUUACUCAGCUGGUGUGUGUCAGACAGGAGAAGAGGCAAGAGGAGAGACGACAACUCAAACUACAGCUAGAGGAUAUGCAGAAACAACUUCGUCAGCUGCAGGAGAAGUUCUAUCAGAUCUAUGACAUUGAGACUGAGGAGGAGGAGGAAAGAGGAGGAGGAGGAGGGGAGGAGGAGGAGGACAGAGAGAACGAGAGAGAAGGAGGAGGAGGAGGAGGAGGGGAGGAAGACGGGAACCAGUCGGAGGAUAGUGUCCGCUCCGACGGUUUGGAGGACAGACACAGGGACCACCACGGCAACCGUAACCGUGCCGAUCGUAUCCACGGUGACUUGUCAGAGUUGCUUGACGACCCAGGUCUGUUUCUGGAGCGAGCCAGAGCCCUGCUCCGAGAACAGGCCCUUUUGGAUGGGGAGAGGGAGGAGGACGAGAGAGAGGAGGGAGAGAGGGAGGGGAGGGAGGAGAGUGAUUGGGGCCGAGGGGAGAGAGGGGUUGGAGGGGGGACGAUGCGAGCAGAGGGGAGGCAGCUAGCCGAGACUCUGAAAGAGGAGCUGAACUAUGCCAUGUCGCAGGUGGUGGACACCGUGGUUAACGGGUUCAACCACAAACCCCCCAACCAUCAUCACCUUCAACAUCAUCCUCAUCACCGUGGCUCCCAAAACACCCCCUCUGCCACCAACACUGCCUCACAGGCCUCCUUCCCUCCCUUCCCCCCCUCCCUCACCACGGACUCUCAAAGCCCCAUCUUCCACUCAGCCAACCAGAGGCUGCCAUGCUUUGGUGAUGUCAUCAUCCCUAGCCCGCUGGACUCGUUCGUGGGUCUCAGCGUCCCUACGGCCAGCGACCAGACAGAAGCACUACCUCUAGUGGUCAGGAAGACCAACGCCGACCCACAACACCGGAACCCCUCUCUCCCUCCUCCUUACCCCCACCACCCCUCCCUCCAUCCCUCCCCCCUCUCUGCAUCUCUGGGGUUCUCCCCUCCCUCCUUCCGGCACCCCUUCUCCCUCCCUCUCAUGGGAUACCCCUUCCAGAGUUUCCCCAAAGACCAGCGCUCCCCCCCUGAGUCCAUGGACCUCUCCAGGGAAACUGUGGGGCUGCGAACCAAGAUGGGGUCAGGCGGGGGCAUCCAUUUUGUCUCCCACCACCACCACCACAGGCAGAGCUCUCCACCCCAACAUGGAGGAGGGAGCGAGGGGCUGUCGCUCAUCAAAUCAGAGUGUGGAGAGCUCCAGGACAUGGCUGACAUAUCGCCUUAUUCAGGAAGUACCAUACAGGAGGGCUUGUCUCCCAACCAUCUGAAGAAAGCCAAGCUCAUGUUUUUCUACAGCAGAUACCCUUCAUCCAACAUGCUCAAGACGUUCUUCUCAGACGUCAAGUUUAACCGGUGCAUCACGUCUCAGCUCAUCAAGUGGUUCAGUAACUUCAGAGAGUUCUAUUACAUCCAGAUGGAGAAGUUUGCCCGGCAGGCCAUUAACGAUGGAGUGACCACUAACGAGGACCUCUCUGUGGGCAGGGAGUCUGAGCUCUUCCGAGCCCUCAACAUGCACUACAACAAGGCCAACGACUUUGAGGUUCCAGAGCGUUUCCUAGAAGUGGCCCAAAUCACAUUGAGGGAGUUUUUCAACGCCAUCGUAGCAGGAAAAGACGUGGACCCAUCCUGGAAGAAGGCCAUCUAUAAAGUGAUCUGUAAACUGGACAGUGAGAUGCCAGAGGUCUUCAAAUCACCCAACUGUUUGCAGGACCUGCUACAUGAAUAACGACAAUGACCCAACACACCUCCAGGCUGUGUAAGGGCUAUUUGACCAAGAAGGAGAGUGAUGGAGUGCUGCAUCAGAUGACCUGGCCUCCACAAUCACCCCGACCUCAACCCAACUGAGAUGGUUUGGGAUGAGUUGGACCGCAGAGUGAAGGAAAAGCAGCCAACAAGUGCUCAGCGUAUGUGGGAACUCCUUCAAGACGGAUGGAAAAGCAUUCCUCAUGAAGCUGGUUGAGAGAAUGCCAAGAGUGUGCAAAGCCGUCAUUAAGGCAAAGCAACUUGGCUACUUUGAAGACUCUCAAAUAUAUUUGUAUUAGUUUAACACUUUUCUGAGGGGGUUACUACAUGAUUCUAUAUGUGUUAUUUAAUAGUGUUUGAUGUCUUCACUAUUAUUCUACAAUGUAGAAAAUAGUAAAAAAAAAAAAGAAAUAAACCUUGAAUGGGUAGAUGUGUCCUAACUUUUGACUGGUACUGAAAACAUUUGAAAAGUAUGUGUCUGCAACCAUGUCACAGUACUUACAAACACACGGAGUGUACAAAACAUUAGGAACACCUUCCUAAUAUUGAGUUGUACCCCCCUUUGCCCCCAGAACAGCCUCAAUUCUUCGGGGUAUGGACUCCACUAGGCGUCAAAAUCAUUCCACUGUGAUGCUGGUCCAUGUUGACUCCAAUGCUUCCCACAGUUGUGUCAAGUUGGCUGGAUGUCCUCUGGGUGAUGGACCAUUCUUGAUACACACAGGAAACUGAUGAGCGUGGAAAAACCCAGCAGCGUUGCAGUUCUUGACACAAACCGGUGCAGCUGGCACCUACUACCGGACCCCGUUCAAAAGCACUUAAAUCUUUUGUCUUGCCCAUUCACCCUCUGAAAUGGCACACAAACACAAUCCAUGUCACAAUUAUCUCAAUGCUUAAAAAUCCUUCUUUAACCUGUCUCUUCCCCUUCAUCUACAAUGAAGUGUCAUCAAUAACCGAUCAUAGCAUUCACCUGGUUAGUCUAUGUUAUGUAAAGGGCAGGUGUUCCUAAUGUUGUGUCCACUCAGUGGUCCUCACUCAACAACAACAACAAAAAGUAUUGUUUUAAAAUAACUUUAAAGUGGGGAAAAAAAAGAAGUGAUUUUUAGAUGACAUUUGAGAGAUGAGACCGUAUUGUUUUGUAUCUACAACUUAAGUUUUUUUUUUUGUUGCGUUCCAGUAGAAUAAAAAUCUAAGCUGGGGGGAGCGACGGAAACAUCCAGACAACUUCACCUCGGGGGACGAGUAUGAAGAGAGACUAUUAUGUCAUUUCUACUGUGGACAUUUCAGACGCUCAGACAUUUUUAUUUAUUCAACAAAAGUGUCCAAUUAAUUCAACCGUCCAACUCCCUCCUUCGGCACCGUGACGGUACGAAGACUGCAUGUUCCUUCUAUUCAAAAAAACAGAAAGACGUGUUGAGACGUUGUAGAAUGGAGCAUUUCUUCCGUGUACGUUUGGGAUAAGUUCCUUUUUUCCCCCUCUCCACUACACAGAAACAAACAAUAGCCCUUCAUAUCCAACACAUUCCCUUGGACUCUAAGGUAUGGAGGAGAUCAGACAAACACGCACUCUGCCGAAUCGCCAACCCCCCCCUCCUCCCUCCCCCCCACCAAAACAGCACUUCCAACCCAGCUGUCUGUUGUUGUUGAUGUUGUUGUUGUUGUUUAUUUUUUUAUUCUUCUUCUGAGACUCAUCGGAUGUUUUGACUGUGCCCCCCCCCCCAACUCUCGAUGUGGGUGUUAGCCUCCCGGUUGUUAGCUGAAGCUAAAGUUAGCUAAACUCUGACUAGUAUUUUGACGGAUGUAAACUGACCUGUGAAGUUGUAUAAUUCUUGAGGAUUCUCUCCUCUCUUCACUUCACUGUUCUAUCAAUACCAGGGAUAGCUGGAGUUCGUUUGGUCAAACUAGCUCCAAAGUCUAGCUGAGGCUUAACAUAACUAGCUAAACUGAAGUGACGUGAGCAGCUAGCUAAACUCAGACUAGCUGAACUGAACUGAAUUGUAAAACUAUAAUAUUUUACAAGAUUCUAUAUGCUCUUCUCUGAGUUACAGUGAGACUAUAUCAGCUCAACAUGCUAGUUCAGCUAAACUAACUAGGACUGCUAACUGGGGAUAAAUAGACGUACUAAACUAACCAGGACUGCUAACUGGGGAUAAAUAGACAUACUAAACUAGCUAGGACUGCUAACUGGGGAUAAAUAGACAUACUAAACUAGCUAGGACUGCUAACUGGGGAUAAAUAGACAUACUAAACUAGCUAGGACUGCUAACUGGGGAUAAAAG